UGUGUUGCUGAGAAAGUUCCCACAGGCUGAGGUGUAAACCUCCCAGGUUCYGAGGAAAAGACUGAACGAUGAGAACGCAUGGAGGGGCCAACACUGCAGACAAAUAUAAGAGUUUCUGGAUGUGGUUGGUGGUCUCGGUGGUGCUGGUUGGACCUCCUGCAGUUCUGCAGAAAUGUGUUUUUGAUGAGGUUCAGGCUCAGGUCAGAGCAGUGAGAGCAGCCAGUCAGCCCAGACUCCUAGCUCAGACCUCUGAAMGUCAAACCAGACAGAGAAGGCUGGUGGGCACGAAGAGGAGCAUUCUGGGUAAGAUGGUCCCAUCUUCACCCUCGCCUCAGCCAAUCAGGAUAAAGACCUGGACUCUCAGAGAGACCUUCACCCUGUCAGAGGCUGAGAAGGAAAGACUGGAGGCUGCGGUGGAGGAGGCUGUGAGGGUGGUGUCUUCUUUACUUUCAGUGAACAGAACUGCAGGACCGCUGCUGCUCAACAGAGACAUCAACACAUACUGCAAGUUCCUCUGGAGGAACUCCAGCAGCAUCAAUUACAACAGGUGUGGAAGAGCCAACAAAAAUUACAGAACUGAGACUUGUCUGGAUGUGACGAUCCCAGACGAUCACCUGUCUGGAUGUGAGAUUUACCCAGAGGCUGAUUCUCCUCACAGAACCAUUGUCAGACCUGAAGGAGCCGGACUCCCAGAGACCGACUUCCUGCUUUACGUCACCGUGCACACCACUGAUAAAUGCAGAGCCAAGCCUAACGUGUUGGCGUACGCCRUCCACUGUCAGACGGACCAUGGAGGACGACCUGUGGCGGGUGUGGUGGUCCUGUGCAGGGACAGACUAACAGGAGUUACUUACAGCCACCAGACCACAGUACAGACUGUGAUCCAUGAGCUGCUUCAUGCACUYGGCUUCUCUAAAGAUCUCUUCAGCACCUGGCGAGACUGUCCAUCAUAUCAAGGUGGUGCUCUUUGUUCUCCUCGAGGUAAAGUGGUUCACUCAGAUGUGUCAGGACAGGUGAGGGUUUACACUCCGUCCAUCGUCUCAGCACUGCAGAAACACCUGGGCUCCAGUGAUCCAGAACUCGGGGGUCCUCUGGAGAACCUGGUACUGAGUGAUUUAGAUCCAUCAACCUCUGCUUCACGUUCCCACACGCCUGAUUCUGUUGUCCUUCAGGACUGGUCUGCAGGCAGAGGCUCCUCUCACUGGGAGUCCCGGGUCCUGCAGGGGUCCAUCAUGACGGCAGUGCUGGGGGAUCCCACCACAGUCCGAAUCGACCCGGUCACCUUAGCCGCCCUACAGGACACAGGAUGGUAUCGAGUCAACCAGAGCCUGGCACAGAGUCUGGUCUGGGGAGAGGGUGAAGGAGCCACGUUUGGGUCUCUGUCCACCUGCAGAGACAACUYCUCCUUGUUUUUCUGCACCGGCAGUGGAGUUGGGUGUCAUUUUCUUCACCUACACAAGGGGAAGUGCCAGACUGACCCAUACCUGGAGGGCUGCCGGAUCUUUAAACCCAUCCAGAACAAGAGUGAAUGUUGGAAAAAGGAAAAUUUCAAAGAAUCAGCUGAAGGAAGUGGGGAGAUAUUUGGCCUCGACAGUCGCUGCUUCUUCUCCAGCCUUGUCAGACAGGUAAACUUUGUUCAGCUCAGCCGCCCAGUGGACGGACGCUGCUACAGACACAGGUGUACUGGACCAAACCAGUACCAGAUCCAGGUAUCUGACUCUGGAUGGGUGGACUGUCCUGCAGGAGGUGCCAUUCAGAUCAAAGGAUACCAGGGUUUAGUUUUUUGUCCAGACAGAAGGUUCUGUCUGUAUCCUGAUGUUACUCCUCCUUUGGAAGACAGCGACCCACUUCCUGCUCGUGACUUACGUGAUCCUCCUGAGAGUUCCCCUUUGGCCCAGGAUGGGACCUGGUCUUCACUCGGACCACAUAUAUCGGCGGCUGUGGUCACAUUGUGUUUCAUGGCUGCACUUCUGGCUUCAUGCAGGAAGUGUCAAACUUAUUUAAACAGAGUCCAGACUGUGCAGCCAGAAGUUCACACUCAGCUGUAGAGAUUGUGUGAUGGAAGACAAAUAAAUACUGAAUGUGUUGAAUGCACCAGAAAAGA